UGCUGAGUUGCUUUCACCAGGGAAAGAUCCUGGUUGUCCUCCAAUGUGGCUGUAUUUUCCUUUUGUGUAUGCAUUUUUCCUUUGGGCGGAAAUAUCCUCCUUGCCCGUCUGAAUGCACUGAAUCCUUCUCAGCUUUGUCUUCCAUCUGAUGGAAGAAUCUACAGCUUCUGUUAGCACGACCAAAAGACAAUCCCUGAAAAUAUGAGCUUGGCAACAUUCACAAAGUCCUGGAUACUUUGGGGUUCUGCUGCCAUUGGAAAAACUGGCUUCACUCUGAGGGGAAAUGCUUCAUCUGCAGUAAAGACCAUGCCAAGGACUGAAAUGAGAUUGCAUUCUGGAGAAUCCCUAUUAUGAAUCGAUACACAACUAUCAAACAGCUGGGAGAUGGGACAUAUGGCUCUGUCCUCCUAGGAAGAAGUAUUGAGUCAGGAGAGCUGAUUGCCAUUAAGAGGAUGAAGAGGAAAUUUUAUUCCUGGGAGGAAUGCAUGAAUCUUCGUGAAGUCAAGUCCUUGAAGAAACUCAGCCAUGCCAAUGUAGUGAAACUAAAAGAAGUUAUCAGAGAAAAUGAUAAUCUGUACUUUGUAUUUGAGUAUAUGAAGGAAAACCUUUAUCAGUUAAUGAAAGAAAGGAACAAAUUGUUUCCAGAAUCCACUGUCAGGAAUAUUAUGUAUCAGAUUCUUCAAGGUCUUGCAUUCAUCCAUAAACACGGUUUUUUUCAUAGGGACUUGAAACCUGAGAAUCUCCUUUGCAUGGGACCAGAACUUGUGAAAAUAGCGGAUUUUGGGCUUGCACGUGAAAUUAGAUCCAGACCUCCCUACACAGACUACGUAUCUACACGGUGGUACAGAGCUCCUGAAGUGCUCUUGAGAUCCACUAACUACAGUUCUCCCAUUGAUAUCUGGGCUGUUGGUUGCAUCAUGGCAGAAGUUUACACACUCAGGCCACUCUUUCCAGGGGCCAGUGAAAUCGAUACUAUUUUCAAAAUUUGCCAAGUACUGGGAACGCCAAAAAAGAAUGACUGGCCUGAAGGCUACCAGCUCGCAGGCACCAUGCAUUUCCGGUGGCCCCAAUGUGUACCAAAUAACCUAAAGACCCUCAUCCCUAAUGCAAGCAGCGAGGCCAUACAGCUCAUGAGAGACAUGCUGCAAUGGGACCCCAAAAAGCGGCCAACUGCCAGCCAGGCACUUCGAUAUCCUUACUUCCAGGUUGGCCAGGCACUGGGCCCUUCUCAGUGUAUUCGGGAGUUGGGAAAGCAACAGCGAGACACUCCUGACAAAGCCCAAAACCACCUUAAGCCCAUUCCACCAGCAGCACCUCCACCCAAAGCACAGAUUGGCCUCUCAUUGAGACCAUGUCAGCAGAGCCAUUCCUCCCAGUCCCUGACCUGCCCAUUCAAAACAGACUCCUCAGUGAGUGACCACUUAAAGGAAGACAAGCCAAGCCAGGUGGCCUUGCCAGAAAUUCACACCAAACUUGCUCAGCAGAGAACCGCCAUUGCAACAGAAAAGGCCAAUGGUAAUCUCAAACCAAAGAACCGACAUAAAUGGGGCCACAUUACUGGAACACUAAAGAGUUCUGAGGAGGGGGAUCAUUUGGAAAAGAGUGAUAGGAAUUUGUCCCUCAGCAGAACUGAUUUUAAAAACAAAGGGCAGAGUGAUGAAACUCUUUGUAGAUUUGAAAGUGUUUUGGAUCUGAAACCUUCAGCCUGCGUAGGGACUGGAAACAGUUCACCUUCCUAUCUUCAACAGGACAUGCCAGCAUACCAAGUUUCUGUAGCCAAACAACAUUACUUGAAACAUUCUAGGUAUUUACCUGGAAUAAGCACAAGAAAUAAUUUGAUCUCCAGUUCAAGCAAAGAUUCUGUUCUACCUAAUCCAUGGCCAAGUUCUAGUUUGCCUAGAAAGACGUCAGCAACAGCAGGUGGGAUAACCAGGCUGAACACCAGUAAGAAGUACUGCACAGGAUCAAGUGGACUAACGGGUGCUUAUGUCCCUUCCUUUCUGAAAAAAGAAGUUGGCUCUGCUGGCCAGAGAGUGCAGUUGGCACCAAUUCUUGAUCCAUCUCCUGCAGACUCUUCUUCUCAAUACAGUUCUCUGAAGACUAUCCGACCUCAUAUUGGGAGGCCAUCAUUUAAUAUGUCCAUGAAAAGCACACCAGGGUUGCUGCCACCCCCACCUCCUGUUCAACCAGUUCAUGGAAGGAUUGACUGGUCUUCAAAAUAUGCUGCUCACCGCUGAAUUAUGGAGUUGGGGCAUGCACUUCAUGACACUAGCUAAACAUCCAAUCUCCUGCAACAUUUCUCCUGUCCAUAUUUUCUAUGACCAAGAUAUUUCAGGACCUUUUAAGAGAGUUUACUUUUUAGUUGUAUGUAUUUGAAUGCAAACUUGUAACUUUUUAAUUGUUUUUAUUUUAUGAUUGAGGCAUUUAUUUUCAUAGGACCAAUGCACAUUUGUAUAUCAGCAUAGAAUUGUGGAUUUUGGGGGUGGGGUAUUCUGGGGGCUUUUUUAAAUGAUAAUCUUUGAAAUUCAGUUUUUAGAAAGAAAUGUUUUUUUUCUUUUUUGACCACAUUUUUAUAUACCUGUAAGUAAUAAAUGUAGAAACAAGUCAGUAUUUAAUAAGAUACACUUAAUAAUGACAUUUACCAAAUAUUCUAUAAGUUAAGUUCUGAAUAUGGUAUGUAGGGCAAAUAGCCCAUUGAGUAUCUACAUUCUUCUGUUAGCUCCAUAACUGAAUAGCCACAAUAAUGGUACUAAACGUGACUUUCCUGUAGUAGAAUGAAUUGGGCAUUUUGUCUUUUAUAUGACUGGGAAUUAUUAGGGUCGGUGUAUAAAAUCAGCAGAGCAGAAUUUUGACCCAGAUUGUACAAUUUUAGGAUAUAAGGGGUAAAAUAUAUGUUUGGCAGGGAAAAAGGCAUUUGCGGUAAUUAUAUUCUGUACAGUAUUUGGUAUCAUACCUCUAUGGAAAUCUACAUUUCCAUAGAAGCAUUACAUACACGGUUCUGCUGGUUAAGUAAACUGAUAAUGGAAGCGAGAUACUAGCGCAGUCGUGUAUGAGGACGGCCACAAUCUGACCUCAUGCCAUUUCAUACUUAACACUAGCUUCUUUUCACAGUGAAAACUAAAUUUAUUGUAGGGUAUCCUGCUUCAGUUGCAAGCAGUAUGUUUUGUAGGGUAGUAAGUCCUUGGAAAAUAUUUAAAGCAAUAUUAAGUAUGACAAAGCUGGGUUUGUAGAGUAAUAUAAUGAAGUAAUAAAGUAUUAAACACCAGCAGCAGCAUCUGAGUUGAUGGUUUUUAUAUAUUCUUAGCCUACAUUUUAUUUUUAAUUCCUUAGCUUUUCUUUUCCCAAAUGCAAUUUUAUUGGUUCAGUAUAAAGUUGGUAGAAAAAUUACCUUUCAUAUAAUUAGAGGCUUACUUUCAGGAAUAAGUUGACAUUGCCUGUUUUUAAUAAUAUAAUUUUAGGACUAAGUUUCACUCCUCCUAGAAAUCAACAUAAAAUUUUUGUAGACAGAAAUGGAAAGAUCAGAGCUCUGGGAUGGAAAAAGGCAUUAAAAUCUACAGUGCAUUGUUUUAAAGAAAAAAACCCAGUUGUUGAAAUUCAGUAGCCCUAUCUCUUUUUCUUCUUAUGCAGAAAAAAAAUGGAAGAAUUAAAUUCUAUGCAUUUCAAUUCACAGAGAAGGCUCAAGGCCGUAUCUUCUCAGGGAGAAAUAAUAACCCCAGACAAGCAUUUCCGUUAAGUCUCGGAGGUAACACCCUCAUCUCUCUCUCAGUGUUGUUUUCUGGACAACCCAGUCUGUUAUAUGUUGUUUGCUUCCUCUCUUUUUCAUAAAGCAAACGCUGUAAAGGGAAAAGCUACCGCUCAUAUAUGUUAACUUCUCCAUGUUAGGACUAAUUUAGUUCAAUGGCUGACAAGGUAUCCGUCUUUGGUGCUGGAUCCGAGAUCUCCAGAUUAAAGCGGGAAAAAGCCCUCCUUCGCUCUGACACCCUGUCGCGUGCCUACUCCCUCACCGUCUGCAGCAGACAGUUUCCCCUGGUGCUGCUCAGCUUGUGAGAAGUGAGUAUGUAGCAGAGCUGUAAAUGUAAAUCGUAAUUGUUCAACUAUAGCUGAUUACUGAAGACAACAAUCAGUGUCAAAGAUAGCUAGAGUAGCUUGGAAAAUAGCAUGUUCAAAAAGGCCUGUCCAGUAUGAACCUGUGAACCUAAGAGAUCAGAAUUUUUUUUUCCAGCAGCAGAUGUGCUAUCAAGUUGAUCAGCAUUUAUGCUGAAGACAAAAAUGUGAACUUCCCCCAUCCAUCUAGAGAAGCAACACUGAUGCUGGGUUCUGAGCUUAUUCUCGGCUGUAAGGAAUCUGUACUGUCUAAAAAAAAGCUCAUCGUCUAUAACUGAAAUGGGAAACGUCAGCUACAUUUGGCCAUCAGUUCUAUGCAGGGAAACAGUGAAGUGGCAACAUCUUAUGGUGGAAUAUGCACAACAGCAAUCUAUUCC